UUGGUUUUCUAUCCGUCACUCUUUUCUCAAUCAGAUUUUCACUCAUACAUAGUUACAGAUAUAGACACUGAAAGAUAAGGAGGUUGUAGAGAUGGUGAAAAACACUAACUCUGAAAAAAGUGGCCUUAGGAAAGGAACAUGGACCCCAGAGGAAGAUAAAAAAUUGAUUGCUUAUGUUACGAGAUACGGUCACUGGAAUUGGAACCUACUCCCCAAGUUUGCAGGUCUUGAGAGGUGUGGAAAAAGUUGCAGGCUAAGAUGGCUGAAUUACUUGAGGCCAAAUAUCAAAAGAGGAAACUACACUAAAGAAGAAGAUGAUACCAUUAUCAAACUUCUCCAAAGUCUCGGUAACAGAUGGUCUGCCAUUGCUGCUCAGCUGCCAGGAAGAACAGACAAUGAAAUUAAGAAUUAUUGGCACACCAAUCUCAAGAAACGAUAUCAACUUCUCAAACCUCAAGCCCACUCAAAGGAUCAAUCACCACAUGAACAAGGACCAAACCCUAACAAUAAUAUCGCACCAACUUCUCAAUCCAUCGAUUCAAGCACAACAGCAACAUCAACAUCCUCGUCCCAACUCUCUAUAACUACUGGUACCAAAGAAAAUUUUUUUGAUACCAUUCCUGAUGAUGAUAAUUUUUCUUUUGUGGAUGCAUACCAACUAGAGCCUGUGAAUGAAAGCUUCUUCUUGGAACCAUAUAUGGUUGACAUAUCGUGCCUUCCUUCUGAUAUUUUGGUGCCUGAACCCGAUUACUUCAGCCCUGUUUCUGACAUAGAACUUUGGAGUCACAGUAAUAUAUACUAUGCGUGAGCAAACACUAAACAGUUAAUAAAUGACGAGACGAACAUUGAAAAAUCAAAGUUUCCGUCUCAAGGCAGAGAAAAAUAAAGUGACUCAAUUCAAGGUCGAUAUGUACGCUGUUGUCGUUGUCUCUCGUGUUUCUUAAUUAAUACUAGUGGGCUGAAGUGUGAUAUGUAUAAGAAAUUUGUACAAGUAUUAACAUCUUAU